UGCUAAUAUUAUGUGUUUCAUUCCUUGCCGCAUUUACAGAACAAAUAAAAGAGGAACAUAUAGAACAAUAUAUACAUAAAAGUCAGGUGGCAAAGAGGCCCUUCAGUUAUUCUCAUUCACUGUGGAUUAUGCUGUAGUUCAGGAACUGCCAUGGCAAUAAAAUCUUACCAAGAUCAGGCAGAGCUGCUGCUGAAGGAAUAUUUGCUAGCUGAUUCUUUUAUACCAUACACUUCUAUUAUUGUUGGCAUUUUUUCUUGCAAGAUGGUUUAUGAUCUUACCCGAUUCUUCAGUGCUGUUUAUUUCAAGAGCUAUUCCAACCUUACAAAAAUGCAACGUAUUGAAUGGAAUAACCGGGCCAUAUCCACUUUGCAUGCCAUUUUCAUCACAGUUAUAUCAUUGUACUUAGUAUUUUGCUCCAAACUCUUUUCUGAUAGUCAUGCUGGUCUUAUCACAUUUCAAAGUUCUUCACUGUCCACUUUUGCGCUGGGGGUUUCUGUUGGUUACUUCAUUGCUGACCUCGGGAUGAUUAUCUGGUUUUAUCCUUCUCUUGGUGGGAUGGAAUAUGUGAUUCAUCAUCUUCUUUCCAUGAUAGCUGUGGCAUAUGCUAUGUUGACUUCGGAAGGGCAGCUUUAUACUUACAUGGUUCUUAUAUCUGAGACAACUACCCCUGGGAUCAAUUUGAGAUGGUAUCUUGAUAUAGCUGGACUGAAAAGGUCUAGAGCAUAUCUCAUAAAUGGGGUAGUAAUAUUCUUGGCUUGGCUGGUUGCUAGGAUUCUCCUGUUUAUAUAUCUUUUUUACCAUGUCUACUUGCACUACGAUCAGGUGAAGCAAAUGCACAAAUUUGGGAUUCUAUUGGCACUAAUUGUGCCAGUAGUUUUGUCUGCCAUGAACUUGAUAUGGUUUUGGAAGAUUAUCAAGGGACUGAAAAAGACAUUAACUAAGAGGCAUUAGCAAGGAGAAACUGAGGAAUAUUUCAAUUGGUGUUUGCUCGGGCAUAUCCUAUGCAUUCUCUCCUUCAUAUUGAAGCUUGUAAAUGAUUUUUGAUAAUCGUUUAGUGCAAAACUAUAUUUUUCUUGGAUUAGCUUCUACUGUAACAUUUGCAUGUACGUAUAUUAUAUUUGACCACGGUAAUAAAUACUUCCAUUCCAAAA